AUUUUUUAAAAUACCGUCUCCUCCCAGUUAUGGUGGACGCGGCAGCUUCCAUGGCUUCGCGGGCGCCUGGGGCAGCCGCGGAGCUUUCCGUGCGCGCGCAAAUGUUUGAAACUCUCAUACAGAACUACUGCGGUGAUGACCCACUUGAUCCUUGGUAUAGGUAUUUUCAGUGGAUUGAAGGUAUAUCGGAAGCAGAAGGGAGACAAAAGUACCUGCUGUACUUGCUGGAGCGGCUUGUGAAAAUAUUUUUAAGUGACAAGAGGUACCAGCAUGAUGCAAGAUUCAUCAACUGCUGUGUGACGUUUGCCGACUUCAUCGAUAAACCAAGCAAUUUUUUUGACUAUUUGUGCAGCCAAGGGGUUGGUAACAAGUCAUCUCUUCUGUAUUGUGCUUGGGCUCAGAAGCUUGGCAUGCAAGGAAAUAUAUCUCAUGCAAGCGCUGUUAUUCAAAAGGGUAUUCACAAUGGAGCAGAACCAAUUGAGAAGCUGCAUCAACAGUACAGAUUUUUGCAGAGUUGCUUACCUCAGAAUCAAAUUCCAAAUCACGUUGGUGUUCUACAGCCUCUUAACCCUCAAAUGUCAAAUCAGAUGGCUCCUAAAGAAGGCCCAGUCUCUGCUAAUCAAAAUCCGAAUCCAGCUAAUUCUGAACAACAGCCCAUCAUCUGUAGUGGACAAGAAAAAAUGAAACAGCCUAGAUAUGUCAACUUCAUAUCCAGGUCAGAAAUCCAACCGACUCCAUCCAAUGCUAACCUUGAGCAGAAGGUCAUGUACGACAAGAACCUUCUCUUCUGUGAAGGUUCUGAAUUGUGUUUUGAAGAAGUAAGAGCGAAUGCGCAUUUUAAAAAGGCUGAGCAGCUGAGAAGGAACAAAAAAUGGGAGGAUGAUGAGAGAGAAUUUUUGAAGAAGAAGGAAAAUGACCUCCUUGAGCUACAGAAACUACAGCAGAGGCUAGAUCAGCUCUCCCAGACAUCAUCAUCAUCAUCCCAGAAAAUUGCAGCACAGCCAUCUACUCAGCAAUCCCUUCAAAGCUCCACAGUGGGUGACCCAUACGUACAAACCUGUGCAGCUCAGGGUCCGCCAGAGUGGGCAGUACCUUCCCUAGCUGGAUAUCUACAAACGUCUUUGAAUUUGGGGACAGAACAUCAGAGUUUGGCAUCAGGUGCUUUAGCUUCGCAGCUGGUAGGAAAUCGGCAGCAAAUAUCAGUUUUUGAUGAGAUUUCAGUGGGUGGUGCUUCAGCUACACAACCAGUCGGGAGUUUCCGGCAACAACCAGCCUUGGUUUCUACAUCAACCAUACCCAGCGGAAAGGCUGCACCCAAAGCAAAACUUGAUCUUGAAGAUUGUGAGAAUACUCUGCACAGAUUUCAAGUCAGCUCUGAUGAUCAGCCGCCCCAGAAACGUGCUAUCCUCUCCAACAUUUGCCAUCAUGGAGAGCAGCACUUGGAUACAUCUCAUCAGAGACCGCAACACUCGGCAGAAAUGAGAGAUGCAUCGGGUGGUAGAAAUUCUUCCAUUUUCAAUGACAACCACCGUACCACUCCAAACACAUCAAGUAUGACACAAGCGACUCCAUCUAAAAUACUUCCAUCUCCUACUGUUCACACUAAAGAGGCCCUGGGAUUUAUCAUGGAUGUCUUCCAAGCAUCUUCCUUCAAAGAUACUACUAUACUUUCAGAAGGUGAAGAUGAGUUUGAGGCCUACUGUAGAAAUAACGGUACAGAUGUCUAUAGGUGUUGGGGAGAUGAACCGAAAAGCCAAAAUCUGUUUAUCUCCCCCUCCCCAGCUUCCAGCAUUAAGCCCAGUGCUCCUGCGGCACCGCCUGCCUUUACAAUCUUUGAAGACGAGAAUGCAGAUGUUCCAAUGCAUCCCCCAAAGUUGACAGGAUCCAAAGUCUUUGGAGAACGUCCCACAGUCAGCUGUGCUGCCAAAUCAGCAGAGGUAAGUCCACCAACGGAGAGCCUGAAGGAUGACUGCACCGUGUGGGCUAAUUUCUGCAACAACACCUUGGCUCCUACCCCAGGCAACACAGGAGAUUUUGCUUGCGCUGCGCAACUUGCCUCUACGCCAUUCCACACUAUUCCACUGUCUGCCUGUCAACUGACUCAGGUAGUGGAAGACCCUUGGAGCGACAGCUUAAUUCAUCAGCUUUUGCUUGGGCUGCCCAAGCCAAUCAGUGCCUACUCAAAUACUUUUGGAUGGGAAUCAAGUCUUCCAGUUCUCAAACCGAAGGCUGAACUCAGAUUGGCAACCGCAUCCUUUCAUGUUGACUGCUUACUGGGAGAAGGCGCUUUUGCACGCGUCUAUCAAGCUUCUGUCCUUGAUAUGGACAACACGAAAAAUAAUCGGAAAGUCAUACUGAAAGUGCAGAAUCCAGCAAGCCCCUGGGAAUUCUACAUAGUAGCUCAGCUAACAGAAAGGCUUAAACCGAGCUUGCGCCAUCUUUUCAUCCAGUUCUAUUCUGCUCACUUUUUCCACAAUGGAAGCAUUUUAGUUGGCGAGCUUUACAGUUACGGGACUUUGCUAAACACCAUAAACAUAUACAAAAAGCUGGUGGAGAAGGUGAUGCCCCAAGGGCUUGUUAUCUACUACACCAUACACAUUUUGCGCAUGGUCGAAGAGCUUCACAGCUGUGGGAUAAUUCAUGGCGACAUUAAACCCGACAACUUUAUUUUCAGUGAAAGGUUUUUCGACGACGACACCUGCGAUGUGGAUAGCGUGUCUCAUGGCUUGACUAUGAUUGACUUUGGCCGAAGCAUAGACAUGAGCCUGUUCCCUGAAGGAACUGUAUUCACAGGAAAAUGCAAAACGUCUGGAUUUCAAUGUAUUGAGAUGGUGACAAACAAGCCAUGGAAUUACCAGACUGAUUACUUUGGUAUUGCUGCAACAGUCUACUGCAUGCUGUUUGGUACAUACAUGAAAGUGAAACAUGAGGAUGGAGUCUGGAAACCUGAUGCUGUCUUUAGGAGGAUCCCUAAUGCAGAACUCUGGACUGAUUUCUUCUUCACCUUGCUGAAUGUACAAGACUGCAACCACAUUCCUUCGUUGGGAGCACUGCAGGCAAGACUGAGAGACGUAUUUCUGAGCACUUGUGCCAGUAAAGUAACAAUGCUCCGUAAAAGGCUUGCAGUGUUGCUCGUGGAAAACAAACGUUCACGAAAGUGAAUCUUGGGACUCCAAGGCCCACAAACACGCCUUAAUAGAAAAUGCUCCCCACCUUAUUGUAACUAUGAAUAUAAUAAAUUUAACAGUGCCUAGGAAACAAGU